UGUGUGGCAAUAUUUUGUUUAUUAUUCAGUUUUUUCGUAUAGAACUUUACUUUAUUUGACAGAGCACUUAAGGAGAUAAUGCUGGAAAUUGGCUAUCUUCAAAAUAUGCAAGUUCGCAUCAUUUGUGUCCUAUGAUAUAUCUGAAAUAGUAACUUCAUUUAAUCUUUGUUGACGAUUUAUUUAACGUUUAUACAGUAUUAGGUAAUUUUGAGUACUGCAUGUUAAUCAAUGCCAGUUAAGGUUCGCCAUUUUGGCCUGUGGGAUUUUCAUAGGUCAAAAAGUCUAGCUGAUAAAUCUCACUGGAGCAUCGUAGAGAAUUAUACACGGACUUGCGCAACAGGAGGGUCGACAAAAUAUAAAGCUAGGUACGUCCAGGUCGCUGCACGCUCCUCGAAAAUUGUAGUAAAUCUUGAGAAUUCUCCUCGAGGAUAGCACGUCUUCUUUGGGAAGUUGAAGAGGCCAAUCGAAGUUUAAUUGUUAAUCAGUGAAUCAUUCGAGGUGUUAUUUUCGAAAGUCGUCAGGGUCUCACGAGGACCCUCCUCGAAGAUACUGCCUCACGGUGGUCGAGGCAUGCGUCCUAAACUCCGCGGGAUUGAUGUAUCGCAAAGCGCAGACCUGGAUCUGUUUUCUAACAUGCUGGGCAACAGUGAGCUUGACAAUUACCUUGCAGGACGAGGCUUCAUCAACUGUCUCAACUUCGCAGUGUCUUGCAGAAUGCAUAUGCCUCUCCUUCACACAGGUGUUAUGCAAUACGGGAGGCUUACACGAGAUUCCCAAUGGGAGUUUGCCAUUGACCGUGGAAGACUUGUCUCUGACGAAGAAUAACUUUCCUAUUAUACGUAGGGAAGCCUUUACUGCUCAUCGGUAUUUACGUAAAUUGACUCUAGAUGGGAACAAUAUCUCUUUGAUCAAACCCUUUGCCUUUCGUGGACUGCCCCAUUUACGUAAGCUAUCCAUUCAGCAUACACCACUCUCUUACGUGGGACAGUAUUCGUUUGCUGCUCUACAGAAUAUUACAAUGCUGGUCCUGGCACACAACAAGAUUCGUUACAUCGAAGGCUAUAGUUUUGCAGGCACCGAUAAUGUAAAGUUCAUCUUCCUAAGCAAUAAUCCCCUAGUGACUAUACAGAGCUAUGCAUUUUCGGGACUCAAGAAUGUCGAAAGGCUUAUUUUACCAUCAGGAAUCAAGGAGAUCGAAUCAGAUGCAUUUAAUAAUCUUCAACAUAUCGGACUGCUCAAACUAACAUACAUGGAUCUGAAAAGACUCUUGCCGUACACGUUCAGAGCACUUAGCUAUGUGCAUGUCCUGAGCAUUCAGGAGAGUGAUUUGGGCGUCAUCUACAAGGACGCGUUCACCGGUCUAAGACGGAUAAAUAACUUGAAUAUCCUAAACAAUAAGAUCGACGCGAUCAAGCAGCUCAAUCUGUCGGCCGACAACGAGAUCGGGACGUUCAGAUUCCUUGGAAAUCACAUACUCGAGGCACCUCGUGCAAGCGAUACGAUCCUGGAUGUUGGUACGAUCAGUGCGCUGAAUAAUCACUUCCCUUGUGACUGUCAGAUACAUAACGUUCUGGAGAGCGAUUUCGUCAACGGUUCUACGAUGGAAUUCCAACUGCAUAAUUUCUGUAUCUCACCAAUUGAAUUCAACGGGAAACCAAUGAGCGUCGUUGACUUCGACGGGAUUGCCAAGUGCCAUGAGAAGGUCUUCAAGGAUAACCUGGGCUCCCGUGGUCAGGAUCUUCGGUCGACCUUAAUACUCAUCAUGUUCUUCCUCGCAGUCAGCAACUUCUUCUGAAGAGAAGAAGGCGACUCGCUUCGUUAGUCAGCUUCCUGCAGUCAAGAGGAUCUCUUCUGUUCCAAGGUGAUGACCUCCAAGGCCACAUUAGAAUCGUCAUCCUCAAGGAGAAGCAAGGAAUAGUCUUUCUUAAAGAAGUUUGAUGUAUAGGUAUCCUACCUUGAACGAAAGAUUUCCUUGUAUACGCAUUUCUCCAACACCUCUUCGUACAUCCAUCCAGGAGAAAAUCCUCCAAGCUUUUACUCUAGUCCAAUAUCGAAUACAAUUCGUGCCACCCGAGAGCUUUCUAGUCUAGUCAGUAGACGUAAGUUUACUUUAAGCUUUAACGAAAAUGAAAGUAUUUAAGAUAAGGAAUUGCAUAUUCAGUAUUAUCGGUUAAGCAAGUCGAGAUCACGCUCAUUAUUCCAUGGACCUCAUUAAUCCUAGUCAUUUUUGAAUCUUCGAGCCGACUCGACUCAUAUUUUUCUUUCUUUUUAGAAUCGAACCGAGUCCUACAGUCUAUACUUAUAUCCGACAUCAGUCAAAUCAUCCAAAAGGUCAUCUUCUUGCAGCUAACAAUGUCCUACUUCUUAAAAUCCAGAAAUUACCCUCAGAAUGAAUAUAGAAGGUAAUGGACUCGGGUCUCGUCGUGUGUAUUUGGCUCGUCGAUUCCUUACCAUAUUUUAUCUUCCCUUUUGAAGACUCCAGUCGAAUAUCCACCAGGGCUUUGACUACACGCUAAAGCUUCGGUCAUUAUAAAUCAUAUUAAAGAUUCUUCUUAUUGCGAACGAAGUAAUCGUGCAUUCACUUUAGAAUGAUAAAAAUAAUCAUUUAUAACGAUCGCCGUUAAUCAAUGCAAUCGUUUGUAUUUGGACGUGUUCGAGGACCAACCUAGCUCGUAUUUUUUACAGAGUCGAAGGACCUCGUCAAAGCUUGCCUUCCUUUCAUGUUUAAUGAAUCUCAAACAAUAUACAAGUUUGUCGUAAGAACAAUAAAUAAAUUAAUUCAAUUU